AAAGAAUCAGGGGCCCAUUGGUAGAGUGAGUGCCUUUGUUCAAGCCCCAGUCCCCUCCUUCAGAGGUGGGGGGUGGGCAGGCAACAGGAGGCUUCACUAGCAGUGAAAUAGUACUGCAGGUGUCUCUCUAUCUCUCACUCUCCACCUGUCUUGUCUCUUGCCCUCUAUAAAAAGAAAGAAAAAAUGGCCACUGGACCUGUUGAGCUGUAAAGGUACUGAGUUCCAAUGAUAACCAUGGUAGCAAAAAAAUAAAAUAAAAUAAACUAUAUGCAAUUCAGGUUUGAGCUCUGCUGCUAGUAGGGUAAGUCUGUGCUGGCUGUGGUAUCUUUUCCUCUCCCUCUGUCUGUCUGAAAAAGUCAACUGGAGCAGUGGAGACAGCACAGCCGUUAUGCAAAGUACUUUUAUUCCUGGGGCAUCACAGGCCCCAGGUUCAAUUCCUCCACACCGCCAUAAGCCAGAGUUGAGCAGUGCUUUGGUAAAAUAAUAAUAAUAAUACUAAUAGUUACACUCCCCUCCUUCCUCACACCCCUCCACCUCCUCCUCUUGUGUGUGUGUGUGGGGGGGGGGAAUUAGGCCCUCAUAUAAUUUUUUAAGUGGCUUAUUAUUUUUUAUUUUAUUCUUUACCAGAGCACUUCUCAGCUCUGGUUUGUGGUGGUGUGGAGGAUUGAACCUGGGUCUUUGGAGCCUCAGGCAUGAGUGUCGGUAAACCAAAUCUCUUUUUGGAACCAUGAAAAUUUUGCUGGUUUUUGACUUUGAUAAUACGAUCAUAAAUGACAAUAGUGAUACUUCGAUUAUACAGUGUGCUCCAGGGAAAAAGCUUCCUAGUGAACUGAAAGAUUCCUAUAAAAAAGGAUUUUGGACAGAAUUUAUGGGCAGAGUCUUUAAAUAUUUGGGAGAAGAAGGUGUAAGAGAAGAUGAAAUGAGACGCACAGUGACAUCAAUGCCUCUCACUCCGGGGAUGGUUGAGCUUUUAACUUUUAUAAGAAAGAAAAAGGACACAUUCGACUGCAUCAUUAUUUCAGAUUCAAAUUCAGUUUUCAUAAAUUGGGUUUUAGAAGCUUCUGAAUUUCAUGAUGUGUUUGAUAAAGUAUUCACAAACCCAGCAGCUUUUGAUAGCAAUGGUUAUCUCACUGUGCAAAAUCAUCAUGCUCAUUCCUGCAGUAAAUGUCCAAAGAACCUUUGCAAAAAUGUAGUUUUGGUAGAAUUUGUAGACCAACAGUUACAACAGGGCGUGAAUUAUACACGAAUUGUUUAUAUUGGUGACGGUGGAAAUGAUGUCUGCCCAGUGACCUCUUUAAAGAAGGAUGAUGUUGCCAUGGCACGGAAAGGAUAUACGUUACAGAAAACCGUUACCAGAAUGUCUCAAAAUCUCGAGCCUAUAGCAUCUUCUGUUGUAAUUUGGUCUUCAGGUAUUGAAAUCAUUUCUCAUUUACAGUUUCUAAUAAAGGAGUAAUGUGCUGGCAA